GAAUGAGGAAGAAGAGAAAAAGCGUUUCAUACAGGGAGAGUCGCCUCGCUGCAGUUUCAGUCCAUUUACCAAGCUGCUUCUCAGAUUACAUCUGAUCCCUCCCCMUCUGCACACAGCUUAAGCCAGUGGUGAGGCUGCUUUUCAACACGGAGGCGUUGCUUUCAGGCUUAGCCGCCUGGUUGCCCUGGGAACCGGGCAGCAGAGACUGGGGGGCUGGGGGAAAAGAAAAACGCUUCCAGGUCAGCUGAAACAUGGAGAGAGCAGCAGAGAGACAAAGGAGAGAGGUGGUGGAGGAGCCGGGCUCAGUGGACAGGCAGUGGGGGGACACAGAGGUGCUGGCUCUUCUAUCAGUGUGGGAUGAGAUAGGAGCUGAGCACGGAGCAGACAGCAGAGCAACAUUCGAGCUGGUCUCAGAGCGGCUGAGGCGGCUCAGUGUGGCACGCAGCUGGAGGGAGUGUCAGGCCCAGAGCAGGAGGCUGGGACUUCAGGACAGGAUGCCUGACGCAGCAGCAGGCACAUCAGCUAACUAUGGGCCAGGACUGGAUGGAAGGCUGGUCGAGGGCUGGGACAAAGAUGUGGCCAAUCAAAGAAGUCUCUACCCCACCUCAGUCUCAACACAUGAAGGAACCAAGAGUGGAACUCAUCCAACACUUCCGUACUCUCCAAACGUGGCAGAAGAAGGCGGACGCCACUGGACAGAUGACGAGGUGCGGGCGCUGCUUUGCAUCUGGGCUGACCAGAAUAUCCGGGAACGUCUAAAAAGCACGUUACGCAACAAGUGCAUCUUCCAAGAGAUGGCCCGUCAGAUGCACAGGAAAUUCGGCGUGGUACGCAACUGGAAACAGUGUCGGACCAAAUACAAGAACCUGAAAUACGACUACAAGACGGCUAAAAGCGCUCACGCAGCCAGAGGCGGCGGCGCCGGGAGUCCGGGGAAGUACAUGAAGUUCUUUGAGGAGGUCGAAGCCAUCCUGCUCAACAAGGUGAUGGAAAACGGGACGGUGGAAAUGCAGAAGAGGCUGUACAACGGUGACGUGGAAGAGAGGCUCCAAACACCACCAGGCUCGAAAAGACAGAUGACGGCUGCAGACACGGAGAUCGUUAUAGAAAUUGAAGAUGAUGACAACAGUGAUGAAUACGAUGCUGAAGGAGAAAUAGAAAGCCAAUGGAGAGGCACAGAGGUCCACUUGACACAUGCAGAUCCACCAGGGCCCGGACAGUUCCAUGUGGUCACAGUUUCAGACACGGGUCGAAACUGGAGCGACCAAGAAGUUCAAGCUCUGAUUGAGGUCUGGUCCGACGAGCUCAUCUGCAAGCAGCUGGAGAGCUCCACCAGAAAGCGGGACAUCUUUGUCCAGAUUGCCAACAAGUUGAUGCAACAAGGCAUUGAACGUGACUGGAAGCAGUGCCACACCAAGUACAAAAACCUCAAGUACCUUUACCGCUCCCUCCAGAGGGGGAAGGCCGACUUAACUGAGCGGAAACGCAUCAUGAGGUUCUACGAUGAAGUGGACGCCAUUAUGACUCACCCCGCCAACGGACUGCCACGGGACACGACAGCCGCUGAGUCGGCAUGUUCGGGCACGGUCACGAUUUUACAGAGCAGUGAGGAAAACCAGCAGGAUGACGUGUUUUUGAUCAACACAGCACCAGUAGCAGAUGAAAGAACCUGUAGCUCUUAUUCCGUCUCAUCCGUGGCCACCGAUGUAGCAUCGGACCCAGACGACCCAAGGAUCCAAACCGUUAAAGAGCAUCAUGUGGAUCAACACCACAGUCUGACCAGUCCGUCUGAAAUACUGGCAAGAAAGGAUGUGACUUCAUCAGCCAACAGAGGAAUGAAGAGGAAAGCUGUGGCUCAAGACUCCAUGCUCCAGACACCAGCUAAACAACGGAAGACUAAAACUGACCCUGCUGAGCAGGAGCAGACUCAGUGCAAAGAGGAGCAGGAGCACAUCCCAAUAAUAAAGAUCAAAUCUGUUUGUUCAAUGGCCCCUCUUGAUCUAACCCCACAUACACAGGACCGUCCGGAACCGAACACAACCAUGGCCUCCAGUCAAGAGUUGAACCUCGGUCAGAAGCUCAGCGAGGGGAAGACCAAGCAGAUCUUUGAGSUAGUGAACCAGCCCGGGCUGGUCCUGGUCCAGUCCAAAGACCAGAUCACCGCAGGGAACGCUGCAAGGAAGGACCAGAUGGAGGGCAAGGCUGCCAUCGCCAACAGAACCACGUGCUGCGUGUUUCAACUUCUGCAGGAGUCUGGCAUUAAGACUGCAUUUGUGAAGCAGCACUCGGACACUGCCUUUAUUGCAGCCCACUGUGACAUGAUCCCCAUUGAGUGGGUGUGUCGCAGAGUGGCCACCGGGUCCUUCCUGAAGAGGAACCCAGGCGUCAAAGAGGGCUACCGUUUCUCCCCCCUGAAGAUGGAAAUGUUCUUCAAAGACGAUGCCAACAAUGAUCCUCAGUGGUCAGAAGAGCAGAUUCUGGCUGCUAACUUCUCUCUGGCCGGCCUCACCAUUGGUCAGUGUGAGGUGGAUAUCAUGAAUCGCAGCACGGUGGCCAUCUUUGAGAUUCUGGAGAAGGCUUGGGCCACUCAGAACUGCACCCUGGUGGACAUGAAGAUUGAGUUUGGUGUGAACGUAAAGACACAGGAGAUUGUUCUUUCUGAUGUCAUCGACAACGAUUCCUGGAGGCUGUGGCCCGCCGGAGAUCGAAGGCAGCAGAAAGAUAAACAGGUGUACAGAGACUUGAAAGAAGUCACUCCAGAAGCCAUGCAAAUGGUGAAGCGAAACUUUGAGUGGGUUUCUGAAAAGGUGCAGCUGCUGCUGGAGCCACAGGCCAGGGGCCGGGUGGUGGUCCUGAUGGGCUCCACAUCAGACAUGGCACACUGUGAAAAGAUUAAGAAGGCCUGCUCCUCCUACGGGAUCUCCUGCAUCCUCAGGGUCACCUCAGCUCACAAGGGUCCUGAUGAGACGCUCCGAAUCAAAGCAGAAUAUGAAGGU